GUGAUUUGGAAUUUGAACGGUCAGAUGCUUUGACCUCGAAAAACAACUUUUGGUACCGCCAGAUUUAUGAACUGUCUAAUGGUGGAGGGUUUACCAUCAUGAGCUCACAGUCUUCUCUGAAUGAUAUAUCGAAUGCUAUCAGACAAGAGAUUAUACGAUUCGAAAGUGUUCAUCCAAACAUCUAUGCUAUAUACGACCUUAUUGAUGCAGUUGAGGAUAAAAAUUUGGCAGAAUCAUUGCGUCAGUUAGUUGUGUCGAUUGAAGACGCAUUCGUCAAUAGUCAGGAGUGGACGCUAAGUAACGGCGUUCCAGGCAUAAAACUGGGGCUUCUUGGUUCUGUUCAAAGUGGGAAGUCCGCCUUGGUACAUCGCUAUCUCACAGGAGCGUAUGUCCACGAUGAGUCCCCAGAAGGUGGAAGGUUUAAAAAAGAGCUAUCUUUGGACAAUCAAAGUCACUUGCUUCUAAUUCGUGAUGAAGGCGGUCCGCCUGAUCUUCAGUUUAGUCAAUGGGUCGAUGGAGUUAUAUUUGUGUUUAGCCUAGAAAACAUCGAAAGUUACCAAGUGGUCUAUGACUACUAUGCUCGUCUUUCAACUUACAGGAGUAUCGCUAGUUUACCCAUAAUUCUUGUUGGGACUCAAGAUUCGAAUUGUGAGCCAUAUGUGCGUGUGAUAGAUGAUGCACGUGCUCGAAAACUUGCCAAUGAUCUAAAGCGUUGUGCUUAUUAUGAGACGUGUGCUGCCUACGGCCUAAACGUUGAACGUGUUUUUCAGGAUGCAUGUCUAAAAAUACUUCAAUUGCGUGCCUCUGGUAACUCACCUGUCCCAAGACCUAUCACACCCCAAAUUUCAUCCAAUUCACAACAGCGAGCAUGUGCUAAUAGUCCUGUUGAAUGUGUACCAAUUGUUGGAAUAAGUCAAUCACAACAGUCUUUGUUUUCGAAUGUAGUGAAUGCUCGUGAGGGUCCUCUCCUAAUGAAAAACCCCGGGGUUAACUGUAAUGUAACUAAUUCAGUUACGAGUGGUGUCGAUAGGAAAGAACGACCAGUGUUCCCCAACAAUCCUUCGAAUCGUCGUCCUGAUACUCACAGCAAUCCUGGAUUCGAACUUGAUUUCAAUGAAGAAAGUAAGGCUGACAAUAAUGAAUCUCUUACUCCUAGCAGUACCCCAACACAUUCACGAAAGAAUAGACGAAAAUCCAAUUUAUUUCAAAAACGUAAUGAAGAUGAGCGUGAAAGAGAGAAGAAAUUGAAUGGAAUCGGAAGUGGACGUGCGAUUCCACUAAAGCAAGGAUUUUUAUACAAACGAACUUGUAAACCAUUAAGUAAAGAAUGGAAAACUAAAAAGUAUGUAACUCUAACAGAUGAUGCUCGUCUUACUUAUCAUCCAAGUAUUCAUGAUUAUAUGGACAAUUCACACGGUAAAGAAAUUGACUUAAGUAGAACAACUGUGAAAAUUCCUGGUGUAGCAUUUCGUCAAGUUGGAAGUCGUAUAACAAGUAAUGGACUGUUGCGAAGUCAAUUAAAUGAUGGAGGUACAGGUAAUUAUGAGAUACUAAAUAACUACAUUCUUAUCAAAUAUUUUUCUUUAAUUUGUUGACAAAAUAAGAUGUUUUUCACUUGUUCUUAACUUGUCAUCAGUUGAUUUUGUCAUCUUUCGUAGAUCCUAUUUUCACGUCCAUUCACACUUGUUCGCCUAUUGAAAUUCACUUGUAAAAUUUCUAGUAGACAUAUUUAUGAUGAAUAGUCAUGUAAGUUUUUUAAGGUUUUACUACUGCAAACAAUAAGUGACUGGCGUUUUUCCUCUAUUCAUUUGUGCUGAGUUCGUAUAAGGGAUAAAAAAUAGUUCCAUUUAUUAGUCCAAUAAAGCAUAAUUACGUAGGAUAGGUCAUUAUUGCUUUUGAAGUUGUGAGUACAGAGAACACAGUUUAUAAAAAAUGAACUAAGUAGACCGAAAACUUCAGUCUUAGUAAACGUAGUAAACGAUAAUAUCAAUUAAUUAGGAAAUUUUCGGCGUCCUUUCAAUAGGUACUUUAAAUUUCUCUGAUUUUGGUUGGUUGGUUGCUUUGAUAACCCUAAAUUGUUAUUCAGUUUGUGUAACUAAAUCUAGCGAUCAUUAUAUUGGUAUUAAAUAUAUUCUAUCGGAUCUUCUAAACCAUUAUCCUCUUUUGUGUAUAUACUCUUUUUCCUUAAAUUCUCUUUGUUUGUUUUUUAAUAGAUCGUCGAUCAACUGGCGUAGAUGUUAAGAAUCCUACUGAAAAUUCAGCCCCUAUUAAUGAUAAUUCGGCAUCAGGUCAAAAGCAUUAUUUUAUAUGUCUUUCUCUUUAUUUGCUAAGUUUAUUUUGUCAGAAGUCUACUUUCAAUUUUUCGUGUUAUUCUAUUAGAACUAUUCUUCACUAAAUGUGUGAAGUUAUAUGAGAUUGACUUAACAUCAAUUCCGGUUGCCUUUCAAAGUAACACGGAAUCGUGACUUUGAUUACCAUCUCCUUUUCUGUAGUGUAUACAUAUUAUUACUUCUUUUUCUUUUAAUUCUGACCUGUUUAAUUACUUGUUCCAGUGUUAUUUUUAGUGGUUUGCUUGACUCUAUGAAAUUUUCGUUUACGUAUGUUGAACAAUCAUUAAUUUUGAGUUAUUAGUAGAUGAUUUAUUCCACCUGCACUGAUCAGUCAAUCAUAAAUGAUUUACAAGUUAUCUCAAAUAGUGUUUCAUUGUAAGUUUUACAUAUUUCAUAUCAGCUGAACUAGAUAAGUAGUUAACAUGAUCGAAAGGGAGAAUAACAUUAACAAGACAACCGUGAUAUUAGUCACUGUCCAGUGAUCAGUCAAUUAUAAGUACCUCAGAUCUACAAGAGGUUGGUCGCGACCACAAUAGUUCAAAAGUAAAGUUUCAGAUUGCAAACAUAGGUGACAUGAAAUCAAAUAUGCCAGUUUCUUCAAGGUUACAGUUACACCUUACUAACGAAUUCCAUUCAAACUUAAACUUAGGUUCAGAGUUUCCUGUUGGCUGCCUCCAAUCAUCCAAUAGGGAUAGCUUAAAAUACGUUUUAAAAUGUACUAGAUGACGUACAAAACUAUGUAAUGACUCAAAGAUCAGAAUUCACCAUAAAGUAGAGAAUAUACGCAACUGUGCCACUGAGGAUUGUUUUUAACUAACAACUCUCUGACUGCAGAUUAUGAUUAUUCUAUGUAUUCUAACUGGGCCAUUUGCACCAGCUGGUUCGUCUUGGUUCAUUAGUAGUUUGCGAGUUUUUUUCUCACCCUCAGCAUUUUUCGAAAUCAUUCCUGCCCCAAUAAUCUGCUACUGAGAUUACAAAUCACAGAUCUUCAUGUUCUGUACACAAUGUCCUUCAACUACUUGUGUUUAAGGCACAUUUUUUCAUGAAAAUCAGUUGUUUUGAUUUUACAUGCUCUUUCUCACAGUCUCGAGAGGUAAAAAUUGUCUUUUGGGAUGAAAGUGUACAAAAUGUAUAUUGUAUGAAUAUAAAAUUAACUGACCAAAUGCAUUCACAACUUCAAUAGUUGAGAUCAUGAGUCAAUUGAAGCUAAACCACCAUUGAAAACCUGGAGGCACUGGACGGCCGUUUCGUCCUAUUGUGGGACUCCUCAACAGUGCGCACCCAUGAUCUCAUGAUAUCAACUAUUGAAAUUACCACAAUCUCCACAAAACCCUUUCUGAUGCAUGGGCUGAAUGCUUCUCGCUCCACAUAAGAUUACUAAUUAACGCAUUUUUCAAUUUAUGUUUCUGAGAUGCACAUCACAUUAUGAAUUCUUAAGGAAAAAUUAUUUAAUCAUGUUUCGGUAAUCCAUAACAGUUGUGUGCUAACUUCGAAAUUGUAUUCAACCAAUCUUUGCUAUUAGUUUAUUUCUAAUUUAUUAGUCAGUCAACCAUGAACAAUGUGGAAAUUAACACAAAUAUCCACUAAACAAAGUUACCACGUUUUUAACAAGCACAGAUAGAGAUAAUUAGGAGGAUAGAUAAUGAACGGGUCAAGGUAUUAUCAGUGGAAUCCAAAUAAAUCAAACAGAAUACACUUCGAAAGGAAACAAAGCAAUUUCGAGCUGACAUCAGUCAAUCUUUGAUAAAAUCUACAUCUACCACAAACAAACAGCAUAUUGUUCACUUGUUUAAUAAUUACCCAAUUUUUCUCUUCUGUGUGACAACUUUUCAUUCAAUUUAUUGUAUAAUACUGAACGAGCGUUCGAUUCAUUCUUGAUUGUUACCUUGUCUACUGUUCUAUUCGUUGUUAUUUAUAUAAUUGGCACGUACUUUGUUACUUAUUUUAGUAUCUAUUCAUCUCACAUUUUUUUAUCGGUUUGUUUUUACCUAUUUCUCCUUUUCCCUUCCACCUCGUCCUAUCCUGUCUCACUGUGUGGUUUGUUGUUCGCUGUUUUUUCUACAUGGGAAUAAUUACCGAUACUGCACAAAUUGAUUCGUCUUGUUAAAAAUGGUUCUUCAAUAUUUCUGUAUUCAUUUAAAGUAAGUAAAACAUAUUUGAAAAUAACGUUACAAUUUAUUUGGUACAUCUCUUAAAGUUCGUGCUAAGUGAAAUGAACAGAAAUAAAAUGAUUUUUGUUAGUAAAAUAUAUGCACACAUAACGUAUUUGUCUGAUCUGAUAUUUCGAUUAAUAAUACCGUUGUCAAGUAGAAUGAUGAUCAUAGAAACACACGUAUUUAUUCUUACUAUUCAAACAACAGUAAAGGGAACAGGUUUUGAACUUGUGACCCAGUGUUUGAAAGCCACUUUCUUUAAUCAUUCGUUCUUUGCUUAGGUUUACUCGCUAAACAACUGAUCUCCAAUUAUGAUUAUGUGCAACACCAUUCUCAUACUUAUAUUGAUUUAUGGGGAUUUGCCGUUAUUCACUUGUGAGAGUAAACCUACAAAAAAAUAGAAUUGUCAUAUUAUCUGAGUCAAAGCAUGGAAAAGCGAGCUUUCACAAUUAGCAAGCUGAAAUAUUAUUCAUCUCCUGCUGGUGAUGAUAGCCUGUGCUAGCUUUUGGUGCCGUCCUGACGUUGAUCUGGUAGGAAAACGUCACUUGAGCAAGGUACUAACGACAGCACUUUUUCGCUAUGCUAGUGAAACUUGGCUUCUUAGUGUGUGGGAUGUCUGACGACUUGCUGUGUACAACCAUAGCUGUCUCCCAUAAAUUGUUGAUAUCUGUCGACAGUUCUUUGUAAGCAAUACCAAGUUUUUUGCAGUUUAUUAUUUGACUCUGUGAAAUGAGAGAUGGCUUUUUGAGGAAUAUCUAUUGGUUAUUUACAAUCUCAAUAUCACCUCAAAGGCAAUCCGAGCAUCGAGCUUUAUCAAACUUAGCUUGGUAUAAAAACCAAUGUUUAUUCUGUUAUUAGUCUUCUAUCUCAUUUCAAAUAAACAAAUUCAUCUUGGUUGUAUUUUUUGCUAAAGUGUAUUUUUUGAUGUGGUGCAUUCUUCAUGUGUUUAUUAUAAAGUUCCAUACUUCUAGAAAUUUUCUGAGAUUCCCUCAACCUAAACUUUUGACGUUUUCCCAGUCUACUUUUUGUCCAUGGUUGUUCCCAUUCAUUGAUAUAUGUGCUAGCAUAUAUCACCUCAUUGCUGGUCUAUGUUCAUUCAUGCCUAAGUGAAGAGUGAGGCCAGUUUGUCCAAUGUAACACUUCUUGCAGUUGAUGAAAUCUAUUUUAUAGAUGAUGUGUCUUCCUUUACCGUUGUGUCUUUUGUUCUUCAUAGAAUGAAAUCAAAUGAUUGCUCGCUUGUGAGGCAAAAUCCGACUAACACGUCCGCGUCGUGCCUCCUGGAUAAUGAGACGAAUGACUCAUGAACUAACGUGAGCGGUAACCCGGGUGGUGGAGAUCGGGCUAAUCACCCACUCUUACCUAUACCCACCAAUCGAUUACGAAAAAUGAAUUGGAAACGAUUUUCAAUUUUUCGUGCAAUGAGAGUACUGCAGUGUUUUAUGAAUCUCUUCGUUGUCGUCAGUAUUAAAAUACUAGUAUUAAUAAUUGUUAAUGCUGUUUACCAUUACUAUUUUAAUGCAUCAAUUAAGCAGUGAUAGUAAAUUGUAAAUACCAACUUGAAUUGAUUUUCCUGCCUACUCGUUGAUUGUUUUUAUUUAAUUCAUUGUUUCAUGUUACUUUUUCAAGGUCAUGCGAUUGCUAUCCAUUCGAUCGCUUUUUCUAGAGUCAUCGAAUCUCUGACAGAGACAAGUCUUUAAUUCUUAUUACAUAUGGUCUCAUCUUUUAAGUGUCAUUACGUAUUACGAUUGAUCGAUUUAAUUUAACCUGUACUUGAUCCCUCAUAUUAGUAGUAUAAGCUGACCAUUUUCUCAAUACAUAAUUUUCUUAUAAUUAUAUAUUGAUAAUCUGUUCUAAACCUUAUUUUACUGUUUAGUUUAAUUCACUAAACUCUAGAGAUUUCUAUCAUGAUAUUGAUUUUUGUGUGCUUAAUGUUUAUUUAUUUAACAUAAAAUUAUAUAUUGAAGUUACUUUUCAUCACAUAUUGGCGUUGUCAGUUAGCAGGAUUAACGUUGUAUAUUCGUUACAUAAAUAUUACGGAUUGGAUAAAGUCUGGAAUAUUUUCUGCUAAAUUCUGUCUCAGUCAUCUGAAUGUAUAUAAUACUCUCCAAGAUAAUUAAAAAUUCAUACUUCGAUUGUAAGCGUGUGAACUGUUGAAGAAAUAAAAUCACAAAUAGCUUCAGCAGAAUAACUUUCGAAUCCUCUCCGAUGUCGGAUACAGGGUUUCACAUAGUUAGAAUUCUUUUAGGAAAAAAAAAAUCAGGUUGAAUAAUAUUCACAAACUCUUUAUCCAAAUAACUUUGUUUUGUUUGACUUUUUUUCAGUUUAACCUCGUGAAAACUUCUAACAGGAGGUAAAGAUUCAUCAUCCGUGAAAAAACGUCAUCGACGUAUUAAAUCUAAUCCAAAGAGUAAUAAUGCUGAUGGUUCAGAUUCCGAAGGUUAUGAAUUUCAGUUGAUAUCAAUGGAUCGUCAGUGGCAUUUUGAAGCAACUGGUCCAGAUGAACGAGAUGAAUGGGUUAUGUAUAUUGAACGUGCUAUUAUGACAAGACUUCAAUUGAAUGAAUCAUCUAAACGUACUCGUGCUAUUGCUGCUACUGGGUGUACUACAGGAGGUGGCGGUGCUAGCGGUUCCAACCACCUUUCCAAUGUUAGUGGAUUAGGUUCAGGGAGUGGUCGACAUGGUGAUUCCAACAGCCUUAAUUCAAGUCGUUGUGGUGCAGGUGAUGCAAAUGAAUUGGCUGUUACAGAGCAUUUAAUUCAGAGUAUAAGAUCUGCAGCUGGAAAUGAUUUUUGUGCAGACUGUGGUGCACCAGGUAAGGUUGAUGUUUUUCAUAUGUACAACUUGUAGGUCCCGAAUUUCUAGUUAAGUUAAUCACUGUUUUGUAUUGUGUAUAUGCGCGUGUGUAUAGAUAUUAAAAUUUUUUACACAAUUGAUUACAGUAGAAAGAAGUUUUUUACACUCAUUUUGCUCAUCAUAUAAUGAAUUCAUCGAAUUAAUCCGUUUCAAAAUUUUCCAUAGUGGCCUAGAUAAGUUUUAAAAAAAAAAACCAAUGAAGUACUUACAUAAACUAGUUUGUCUAGAAUGUUAUUUUACAUUCCAUUUCUCCUGUUUACUUUUAACAGUGUAUCUUCGCUAGCUAAAAAUACAAAAAAUUCAGUGAAGAAUCUCAAAACAAACGUGUCACUAAUCGUACGUCGUAUAUUAAAAUACGCGAUUAUUAGCCACUAGUCUUUAUACAGUGGUAAAGAAUGUUCUUGAUAUAUUUAUGAACUAACAUGACUGAAAAGUAUCAUAAGUAAUUGUAUUCUUGCAGAUCAGGACUAGUCCAUAUAUAAGUGUUUGUAUGUUAACUUGGUUUCUCAUUCUUACAGUGCUUGAAUAAGAUUUUUUCGCUUGGCGUUAUUUAGUUAGCUUGUAAUAAUUAUGUCACGAUCUUUUCACUUUAUUUAAACAAAAUAUUUGUUUUUUCGACAGUUUUGGCUCAUUAAGUCAGUCACUUGAUUUAUUGAUUUAAACCCGAAUCCAUCUAGAUAUUGUUGUUAGCUAUGUUGGCAGAUACAAACUAGCUGGUUGUGGUUUGUUUUGUUAAUUUGACUAAUGGUUGGAUAUGUUGUGUAAUUUGACGUAGCUUAGAAUUUCUCACAUUGGUGUAAAUCGGUUCACUCUUUAUCUUCCCUUAAAUGUUGCGGUUCAAAAUUAUUUUAUACUUUUUAUUUGAAGAAUUCAUUAUUUCUUGUUGAAUGAUAAUCCAUCCCUAGUUUUUUUUAUCGCUACCGAUAUCUCUUUGACUCUAACCAUUAUGGGUAUUUACCUUAAUAAUUUCAUUCCGCUGUGUACGGCCGAGAGUGGGGACAGUCCGCUCUCCCUCUCGAAAUGCUCUCACGAGGCCACGCGUAUAUAGCCUCUGCCAGGGAAGUUCUACUCACUGCCUUCUCGUGGCGGGGUUGUUGUUUACGAAAUUGAGAGGACGAAAAGCGAAUGUCCGACACUUUAACCGGGUUGAUGAACACGGAGAGUUCACCUAGGGGAGUUGGAAAACCCUGAUUCCAAAGCAGUGGUGCACAUGGGCUCCACUACUCUGAGGGAACAAAUGGCGUAUGAACCAAUUAUUGGUCACCGACUACCAUGGGACUGCAUCUCCUUACGAUGCUCUACUACCUUAUGGGUCGGAUCUAUAGGUCAAAGGCUCCAGGUGUUGCUCCCUAAGAAAACCACCUGAUUGGGUUUGGGCACCCGGGCAGUAUCAUAGCCCUCACACAAAUCAAAUGAGAUUUGUGUGGCACAUAUUUAUCUGGUGCCCCCUUGUACCAAUAUCUGUGUGUUCAAAUAAAUAAAAUAAACUUGUCUGCUACGUGCCGAUCCAUAUAUAUAUAUAUAGCAAAAUAGUUCCCUUUACUUGCGAUUGGGGAGAGUUACAUGGCUGUUUUGCCGUUGAAUUCUUGAGAAAUUUAAUGUCCGUUAUUUUUUAUGGUGUACCUCUGAAUAGCGGUUUCUUUGAAUAUAUACUAUUUUAGCUUCUGUGGUUGUGCGCCAUUAACAAGUGAAGAGAUACUUAUACAUUAGUUUUUAAGCUUUAAAAAUUAAAGAUAUACAAUAUUUGAUAAUCCCUACAAGGAGUAAAAAAUGCAUUUAAUACUAAGUUUGUGUGUGUGUUUUGAUUCAAAUUGAAGUGUUAAAUCCUUGUAUUGAAAGUCAAGACACACUUUUCAUUCUGUAUACAACUCGUGAACUGAAUAUACCUGCAUCCUAGUGUUGAUGUUCUCACUGACACUUAAACCCAGUAUUUUUGGCUUUAAACACUAAAUCCAUGUCAAGCCAGUCCACUCGGAUUACAUGUAUGACAACACUAACUGAUCAACUGUAAUUGUGAAUAUCAAUAGUGAUAAAACAAACACAAUUAGUACAAGUUUUCUUUGCUUGCGUACACCUGCUACUCCUCGUUGGGUAUAAGCUGCUGACCAGAGAACUUCAACCAUUUCUAUCCCGAGCUCUACUUUCUAGUUCUUAUCAGGUGCUAUCAAUUCCUUUGAUGCAUUCCUCCACGUCUAAUAGUAAACUUAAAGACGUCUCCCUUAUUUUUACCACAUUUACUUCUCAGUUUAUCUCACUAUCUAUCAAUUAAAAUCUCUAUAUAUCUCGAAUCUUGUAUCUAUUUUUAUUCAUUCUAGAUUGACAAGAGUAACAGUAUUUUACAUACAAUCAUCUAUUAAUCUUUUAAUGAUCAAUUUUAAGUUUAUUUUUAUUACUAUUAUUAUUGGGUGUGAUCUACUUUCAUACAUUCAUGUAAAACUGGUUAUUAGAUAUUCAUUCAUUAUAAAACAGCUCGAUCAUUACUAGUAUCAUUCUUAUUAUUACUAUUGAUUAAAACAAAACAAAAAUAGAAACCACUCAAUUUUACUUUUUAACAAAAACCUUUUCUCUUUGUACAUGUAUGUAUAUAUGUUUAUUAUUACUAAACCUUACAUGUGUAUACGUGAAUGAACAAUGAAAAACAGGGACAAUACUUAUUCAGUUUUGGUUCAUUUAGUUUUAUGCAAAUUGUGCAUGUUUGUUUUCUACAAUCUUUCAAUUAUUGUGUUGUUUUUUUUAUGUGAUCUAUUCAUAUGUACAACCAAUACAAAUGCUACAAUGUCAGUACACUUUCCAUUCACUAAUUAUGUAUAUAUUGUCAGUAAAGAGGGGGUUAUGGAGAUUGUUGAAUUUCAUUAGAAUCAUGAACCGAUCCAAUUUGACUACCAUUGAAAGCCUAGAAGCGUUGCACCGAAUUUUUGUUUCGUCCUGGUGUAGGACUCAGGCGUGAGCAUCCACGAUCAUGAGCGGGACUCGAACCCAGAACUUUCUGUCCCGCGUACGAACGCUUAAAGUCUAGACAACUGAUCCCAGAUCAGACCGUUCUAAUGUCUAAAUUCAAUCAAUCCACGUCACUGAGCGACCGUCCUGGGUUUGAUUGCCGCGUGUGGGCUCGUAGAUGCUCACUUCUGAGGAGUCCCACACUGCGACUACACGGCCGUCCAGUGCUUCUAAGUUUUCAAUUAUGGUCUAACUUAGAUCGUCUAAUGAUAUAUAUUUUCGAUGUUUAUAUCAUUUUUUGGAUAUUUUUUAACUUCAAUUCUUAUCCAUUCAGCAUUCAUAACAAGUUCCUGACUGUUAAUCUGAACCAUAUUCAUAGCUUCAUGCUGCCUAGUUUGGGUUCGCACAAUAACUUCGACCUGUGAUUAUGGAUGUUAAGCAAUGUGAAUUAGAAUCAAUUAAGAUGAGUCAGAUAUUGUAAUCCUGUAUCUUCUUUUAGAUUUUGGGUUCUAGGAUUCCUUCGGAUAUGCCUUCUCAUUUCUUUUCUCUGGAACCACGUUCUCAAUGUUUAGUCCUUAUUAUUGUCAGUACUACGAUUAUUGUAACUCCUUUGUUUUUUAUCGUGUUAACUUCAUCCUGUUAUGCUUAGAUUGUGUAGUAACAUGAUGAGCAACACACAUUUCUGUCGCACUCUUUGUUGUUUAUGACUAUAUCGUAGCACUUUGGAAACUAUGUGAAAUUAUGAAGUGUAUAUUGUAUGGACGUUGUGUUCUAGUUUGUGACUUCUCAGUUUUUGCACACAAUCAAUCCAUUCAGUUUUCGUAACAUUUGCCAUACUUCUAUAUUAAAACCAGUUUAUGUGUAUUUUCAACUUCAGUUCAUGAUAUUACUUGUCUAUCAAUUGACUCACUCCUCAUGACGUACAAGUGAAUUUUUAACUCUUAUUAUUUAAAAAGUUCACCCAAUAGCAUAUAGUCAUUUUGUUGAAAAUGGUAUGAAACACUUAUUAUUCAAUAAAUUCUGAAUUAUUCUAUUUUAGAACCAGAUUGGGCAAGUCUUAAUUUAGGCGCUAUGGUUUGUAUUAGUUGCAGUGGUAUACAUCGGCAACUUGGAACACAUAUUUCACGCAUACGUUCUUUACACUUAGAUGAAUGGUCUACUGAAUCGGUCACUGUAAUGAGUGCUAUUGGUAAUACAUUAGCUAAUUCUGUUUGGGAAGCUGCUGCACCUGUAAAUGCUGGGAAUCUACGAAAACCAAAUCCUUCAAGUUCACGAGAGGAAAAGGAAAUUUGGAUUCGAGCCAAAUAUCAACAUCGAGAAUUUCUGCCUCCAUUACCCUAUCCUGAUGCUCCACUUCAACGACAGUUAAUUGAUGCAAUAGCUCGUCAAGAUACACGUCAAGUUAUACUCUGUCUAGCUUUAGCUACACCUGAAACAGUCAAUGCAGCUUAUUCACUUCAAGAUCCACGAGCAGCUAUACACAUUGCUGCUACUCUCGGAAAUCUAGUUUAUUUACAAUUGCUUUUAUGGUACAAUGGUGAUCCAACUGUGACAGAUCAUGAAGGAAGAAAUGCAUUCUAUUACGCUCAUUGUUCUAAAAAUUAUGAUUGCGCUGAUUUCCUGUUGCGAAAUAGUUGUCCAAAACAACUGGUACCACCCAUUCCUCCUAAUAAUAUGCCUCCGACAAUUCGUUCUUCACAAAAUAUUAUGCCACAACAAAUUGUUCAGUCACAUUCCAUAAUUCAUGGGCCUUCAACAUCAACUGGGCUUUCAUCUGGUGUUGCAGACAUAAAUAUUAGUAAUAGUAUAAACUCAGGUCUUGUACAACCUCAUCAUUUUUCACAUCUCCAACAACAUCAGUCCUCUGCUGCUGUUGUCGCUUCUGAAGUAGGAACUCAUUUAAGCGGACAAUUACCUUCUUAUCAUCCCAUGACCACUGGUUCUGUAACAGCAAAUCAGCAACUAUCUCAAGGUACUUGAUUCAGUCUAAGUUUUAGAGUUCUGUCAAAAUAUACACUUCUUUUUCUUAUGCUUCAUGAUUAGAUCUUCAUGAAAUUCAAUACUAACAUAAGAAAUUACAAAUCAUUUUGUCAAUAUGUGUAAAUGGAAAACCAAACUUGAAAAAUUCAGUUUGAAGGAACGUAUGAAAUGAAGAAUGUUAUAUUUCUUUAUAUAUAAGAAGAUGAAGAUUGAAUACACAUGUACUGCUGCGACUAAUUUAGAUUAUGUCACCUAACGUGAACCAUGGACUAUAGCUAUCCUAUGUGUUCCACUAAUAUGUUUAUGUCUACCUACACUAUGUAGUAUAAUAAUCAAUAUCUUCACUGACUAUAAUUAUAUGCCGCUCUGACUGAGAUAAGUCUUUUUUCUAAGCCAAACCAAAGCGUAGCAUCAGUGCGUAAAGUCACUAACUUCUAGUCUGAGCCAUGUUGGUAGAUGCGGACUACUUGAUUGGGGUCUGCGUCACUAUCGUAACCAAUGGUUGAAGACUCUUGGUGACAUGGUUCAGAAUCCAUUACACUGGCGUAGGUGUAUAGACUUUCUGUCUUCCCUUAAACUAAGAGAUUAAAAUCGCUUCAUAUCUUUCUUUCUACGAACUAAUUUUUUCUUCCUGUACUAUAUCCUGAUAUGCAAUGUUUCUUUUAUAUAUUACCAUCAUUGAAUUAACCACUUCUAUGAAUUUGGUGUUCAUCUUAUUGUGCUAAUAAGGUACGGCAACUUAGAUCGAUGCACAUAUGUGCCUGGUUCUACGUUGUAACUAACUGACUGACUGACAUAUCAGGAUUAUCAGUAACUGAUUCGUGUAUUGUGCGUGUUAAGCUACUUUAAUCGACAAAAGGUAGGGGAUUUACUAAUCGAUUCCUCUUUACUUACAUUCGUCUUCACUUAUUUAAUGGUUAUACUUCACGUGAGCAAUGUAUCACAGUGAUUUAAGAUAACGAAAAAUAAACGACCUACACAUUCUAUAGUUCGUCAUAAUCAUCUUGCUUAGAAGCUAAAUUCAUAAUUCUUUUGGCUAAUAAAUAUAAUAUGUUGUUUUUGUUUUUUCUUGUCUUCUGUUUACAAACCAAACCAAUUUAUUUCUUCAUAACAGUCAUCGUUUAUAGUUUUUUCUUAUUAUUUUCGUAUAGGCGUAAAAUUAUUUCUACAGUUUACACCUUAAUGGUUAUUAGCCCUGACUAACCAUGUAUAUAUAUAUAUACCGUUGGUUAUUUCUUUAAUGUGUAAAGCUUUUUUUUUCGUAGUGCCGAAAAAACAAAUCAUCCUUUAUUGUUGUAAUCAAAGAAUAAACUUAUCUUUGCUAUCUUUUACCCCACCACUCAUUCACUAGCUUAUAAUAUCUUAACAAUUUUUAACUGAAAUAUUGAAAUCUGUCAGUUUUCGUUAAUUAUGCACAGAAGUAUGUUGUAUUAAUUUGUGCUUAAUUAUUGGAUUAAAAUAAUCAAUUUAUUAGAAUCUAGAAAUACUUAUGUACUUCUAGCAGAUAGUGAUACUAUCCAGGUGCCAAAUUAGAUAAAAUAGGGUUUAGAUUUACGGUAGAUAAGGUGGUAAUUGAAUGUGCGUACAUCUUUUAAUUAGUAUAUCAUAAAACAUUGGUCUGAAAUGUGUUCAUCCACCGGUCUGUAAUCCACAUGUGUGCUUAACAGAAGGGCAAACAUUACUCUCUCUCUCCCUGUGUAUGUCUAGACUUAUGAAAAUUGAAUAGAUUACGAUGAAAAAGUCACUUAUUGAAAACUAAAUGCUUGGAAUACUAGGCAGCAUCUUAUACACAUUGGUUACUAUUUUAUUCAUGUUUUUCUAAUUGUUAAAUUGAUUUUUGUUUUUUAAUGCUCAAGUUGUAGGAUCAAAUCAUCCACUUGUAUCGGCUUCUGGUAAUAUGUAUACAGGAAAUGUGAAUCAAGCUUUAGGCGCUACCCUUCCUCGUCGACGUGCCCCAAUUGGUCCAUUUCCUCCCGGUGCAGUACCUCCGACUCUCCAACCAUUUCCACGACCAAAUAUACAACAGCAAGUAUCAGUUAGUAAUACUCAUCGACCUACCUCUUCAGUUAUCCAGUCAGUUACUCGCUCUAUAACUCCGAAUGCUAUGCUAAGAACAUCCUUGGUUAGUUCAUCACAACCGCCUCAUACACGUUCAGCUUCAAAUACUGCUGCUACACUGUCCCAACCAUAUGUUUCUACUACUCAAGAAGUUGGACUGUAAGCUUUAUAAUACCAAGUUUAAUUCGUUAUUUCCCAUCUCCAAUUGAUUUCUUUCUCUUCAUUUUACAUUGUAACAAAUUGCAUUUAUUUCAGUGAAUAAACGCUAUUUAAAUACAAUUAUACUGUAAACUUUUAGAGUUUGUCUUCACUCUUGCCCAUCCCUCCUGGAAAAAGAACAUUUCGUGCAAUAUUAAUAAUAAACCCAUAUUAUUCAUUUAUAACAUUGUCUUCCAGUGUACUAACAUACUUUUAACUGCUUAUCCCUCAGGACAUAUUCAUGUCUGAAACUGUUUUUGUAUGGACACUUUUACACAAUUACUAUUAUUACUACUCAUACAAAUUGGCUUCCUAUUGUGCUUUUUACUCUUUUUUUUUUCAAAAAAAGAAAAACGAAAUGGUACCAUUAUUAUUUCUUAAUCUUUUUUUCACUCUUAUAUUUUGCUUAAAACUAAGUGUAUUUGUGCAAGAAAUGUAAUUCAAGUUGAAAUUAACUAUACAUCAAAUUAUAUUUACUUCAGUUUGAUUGCUCAUAUUAUGCUGUAUGUAAACAUAUAUCUAUGUUACUGUUUGUGUAGAGUUGUUUCUCUUCGUCCAUUCUCUCUGUCUCUUUCUCUCUCUUUCUCCCACCCUUUAAAUAUAUGUACAUGGAAUACAAAACCUAGGUAAUUGAUUGUUUUCUGAAUAUAUUUAUUAUAAUUAUUUUAGUCUUUUAUUUUGUCGUUUACAGACAAUUUAAAAAAGAAAAAUUUCACGCCCUGGUUAAUAUAAAUAUCCCAGUAAUAAUCAUUUUUUUAAUAAUAAUAAUAAUUACUACUGAAUAAUACUACUUAAUUGAUUCAAUGUACAUUGGUUUUUUUUGUUUAUCAUUUUGUGUGAAUUGUUUGUUUUGUGUGUUUUUUUUAAAAAAAAUGUUUAUUUGUACAGAUAUAAUUUCUCUUCCAUCAUAUUGUGUUCCAUUCAUUUGAUUAUGGAAUGUACCUACAUAUGUAUGUGUGUGUAUGUGUCUGUGUAAAUGUAGACGUUUUUGUGCCCUGUCUGGUUAUUUGGUUUAACCGUCCUAUUGUAAGUAACCUUUAUUUUAUUUUCUCCAUUAUCAUUAUCAUCAUCAUUCACUGUUUGUUUUUUUUCCUGUUAAGUUGUGAAUAUGAGAUUACUUGUGUUCAUAUGAUAAUGUUGGUUUUUAAGUGUUGUUAACAGGUUAUUCACUACUGAAAUAUAUCUAUUUACUCUACUGAUUUAACAUAAGACUUUUUUGUCUUGGUUCUUGUUUUUUUUUGCGUUUUAAUGUUCUAUGUACGUUAAAUAAUUGUACUUGUCUGUCUGUUUGUUUGUUUGUUUUUUCGUUAAAUAGUGG